UCCGUCUCCACAUUUCAGAAGCCGUAGUUCACUUCUCCUUGCUUCUCCCGGAUAUCCCAAAAACCCUACCACAGAAAGUUUUCACUAAUCCAGUACUCUUCGUAGCUUCUGAUACUUUUUGGUCAUGGCGAUUAUAUCCGACAUUGAAGAAGAUCAGGAACCCCAAAAGGCUUCAACCUCUUCCCCUUCAGAAUCCUCUGCAGGUAAAUACGAUGAUGUCCUGAAACCGAUCCUUGAUAAACAAGGUCCUCUGGGUCUAAUGGAGACAGUUGUCGACUUCGUUCGUCGGAAAUCGGAUCUGUUCAAGGACGAAGCAGUGGAGAAGAAGGUUUCGGCCAUUCUUUCUUCUUUGAAAGAGAAGGAUGCAGAGGAGAAAAAGAAGGCUGAGGAGAAAAGGUUGAAGGAUGCUGAAAAGGCGGAGAAGCGUUUGAAGGAAGUGGAAAAGAAAGCUGACUCUAAAGAGAAGGAAUCAGCACAGGAAUUGAAGGCCGAGAGCAAAAAGGAGAACGGAAACGUGCGAGAACCUAACAAGGGAAAUGGUUUGGAUUUUGAGAAUUAUUCCUGGACACAAACCUUACAAGAGGUCACAGUCAAUGUUCCAGUUCCUACUGGAACCAAAUCAAGAUUUGUUGUUUGUGAGAUAAAGAAAAACCACCUGAAGGUUGGACUUAAGGGCCAACCUCCCAUAAUUGAAGGGGACCUUUACCAACCUGUCAAGGUUGAUGACUGUUUUUGGAGUAUAGAGGAUUCGAAGUCUAUUUCUGUCCUUUUGACAAAGCAAAAGGAGAUGGAGUGGUGGAAGUGUGUGGUGAAAGGCGAGCCUGAAGUUGAUACUCAGAAAGUGGAGCCUGAGAACAGCAAGCUGUCUGACCUAGACCCUGAGACCCGACAAACUGUGGAAAAGAUGAUGUUUGAUCAGCGACAGAAAUCCAUGGGUCUUCCUACCAGUGAUGAGACACAAAAGCAAGAGAUUCUCAAGAAGUUCAUGGCUGAGCAUCCGGAGAUGGACUUCUCAGGGGCAAAGAUAGCAUAGACUUGAUUCUAUUGAUACAUACUUCUGCGGUCACAAGGACUUGCUCUCCCUAUCUUCCUAUCCUUUGGGGAGAAGUUGCAUGCUGGCUGAUUUUUUGUUCAGUUUAAAGCACUAGUUGAGGGGGUUUUUGGUCAUAUACUUCAGAAAGGUUAAUGUUUGAUUUCUCAGCUUUGUGUUUAGUAUUUUUUGGUGUGUCCUGUUCAAAGAUGGUACAACCCUCCUUUUUGCACUAGAAUCUGUUAAACGCUGCUAAUUCACACCCUGCGUAGCAAGCGUAAUGGAGUGUUUCUAUUGCCUUUUCCUUAGUUGGCAAGAAUGAUGGAACUUAAUAGUUAGAAAGGAAAUUAUAAUUGGGAUGGUUCAAGUGA